AUUACAUGUAUUCACACACCAAAAUCAAAAUAAGUUGCCGAAAUCAGCAGACGGAUGCCACGAGCCGAGAGUUGAGGAGGUUGUUUUCCGUCUUCGCCGUGGAUGUGGAUGCCACCAAUUUGUGCCGGGUUUCUGCAGUUGUGGAUGUCACCUGGAUCGCACUUAGUAAUUAGAGCUAAAUAGAUGUCUGGCUGCCAACGGAUAAAUCUAGCUUCACACCUUUCGCUUUUUAUCAUUUCUGGUUUGGCCAGUCGAAGAUAAGAAUCCAAUCUAAUUGUCGAUUUGACCGUACUCGAGUAUAGAAGAAACGCACCAUGGGAAACUUUGGCAUUCGAUCUUGUUGCUCCUUUCCCCAUGGGAUGACGUCGGUGUACGCCCUUAUCUUAGGUCUCUCAGCGUCCUUGCUUGCCUUGAGCUCUUCGUGGGGGUGCUAUUUUGUGCAAGUUGAUUUUGUCUUGAAGCACAACAGUUCCAGAAAGAUGGAUGGCUUGGGUGGUAUGACAAUGGGUUUGCUAUACUACGAAGACAAUGGAACCUGUACAUCGUACUCUGCGGAACAGAUAGAAGACUUUGAUGGCUUCUUCCGUGCAGCACGAGGAUUUGCUCUCAUGGCCAACAUCGUACUCGGAGUAUGUGCACUCAUUCUCAUGAUGAUGAGUUGCACGGCGAUGCAAUCCUCAGUGGUGACCUGGUUGAGUGGAUUUAUCCUUGUAGGAGGGGUGUUUCUAGGCCUCACAAUGCUGGCAUACUUUUCUAGCUUCAUGUGUUCAGAGUGCCAAUUUUUCUUUGGAUCAGGACUUGCCGUCCUUGGAACGUUUGCAGCACUAGUAGCUGGUACAGUAGUCUGUCACAUCCCUAACGUCGAGUUGUCAGAUGAUGAAGAGUGGGACGAUAUCGAGGAUAUUUCACAAUCCAAACAGCUUGGAAGGCCGCCCACACCGCGGCAUAUUACUCGGGGGCUAGCGACUGUCGUGCCAGCAACACGAACCACAUCUUCUGAUGAAGAGGAUGAAUACGACAUUCCCGACAGAUUGACCGUGUAUGACACAGAGGUAGUCUUAGUACUUCCUGACGGAAGCAAGCAAGUAAUCGAACCACUAGAGCUGCCCAGCUGCAGAGUUCCAAGGCCAUCUUGCGACGUUGGGUGCAGUAUCUUUCCAGAGACACAAUGAGCUAAGUGUUGGACCUGCGAAUCUUCAAACUGGAAUUUCCAAGUCAACGUGUCAUCAAUCUCCAGCCACUAUUAAUGAGAGUUGGAGGUUUGGCCGAGACAUCCAUAGAGAAGUCAUGCUGUACAUAGAGCUCUCCGCUGACAGUGAAAACAGAGGGCGCGCCGAAGAACCCCCACCGGUAGCAAUUCAGCAAUUUUGAACUUAACUGGCUGGUUGACUCGACUCUGUGAAUCUUCUUUAGAAGCCGUGGAAGGCAAGGCGGAGCAGUAGAAGCAAGCAUCCACCUAUUUACUACUGAGUACUAAACAGGAAGUAAAACGUACGGUAGGUCCCAAAACUUUUGGGCUUACUAACUAAUGUAGCUUUAUUAUCAGACACAACUAUGCAGACCCCCCUCCACAGAUAGAUUUAGGAUUUCCACUUCCUGAUCAGACACAACAACUAUGUAACCCCCCUCCACAGAUAGACUAGAUAUAGGAUUUGCACUUCCUGAUGGUGGCACAGUUACUAGCUCUAGCUAGCUUUUGGUGCUCAGGAUAGCUACUCGUACUGGUUCCAGUUCUUUUAAAAGGAG